CCGUCCGGGAAUCGGGGAUGGCAGUCGGCACUUGGUUAGCAUGGGGAAAACCAGAAGAAGAACAAGUGGCAAGGGUUCUCCCGCUGAGUUCAGUGUGCUUCGGAGGGAACAUGUUGGAAAAAGAAACCGAUAAGGGGAAGGAGAGUUCCGGGGAGAAAGGCUUCCGGACGCCUGGGUUGAGAGGAACACAGACCACCACACUGUUCCGUGCUGUCAAUCCUGAACUCUUCAUAAAACCAAAUAAACCAGUGAUGUUAUUUGGGCUGGUGGCCAUCACCUUGAGUGUGGGUUACCUGGGCUAUCUGCACGCCGUGAAAGAAAAUGACCAGCAGCUUUAUGAAGCGAUAGACAGCGAAGGAGAGAGAUACAUGAAGAGGAAGACUUCCAAAUGGGACUGAUGGGGAUCCAUGCUGCGCUGCAUUAUACAGGCAGUUUAUUAGUGCUUCAACAGGACAAACAACCAAGAAGACAUGCACACUAAUUGUAUCAUGUCCAGUCAAAUAUGUUCUGUGGCUGAUAAAAGCAUAAUAAAUGUGGAAACCACAAAAUAUUUUUCAAAGAAGACACAUUCAAUUGA